AUGGAGGAUGUCAUGUAUCUGUGCUCCCAUCUGACAGAGAAGCAACAGCUCGAAAUUACUGUAAACGAAUCUGGCACAGGUGCCAUUGUUACUGCGGGAUGUACAUUUGCUGGAGGAUUACUUGGAGGCCCUUUAGGAAUCGCAAUAGGGGCUGCGGUCGGGGGAAUCUAUGCAUUUGCGAGAAGAGGGAAGUUGAAGUCUGACCCAGAGAUCCUCAAGACGCUCACACACCAGCAGCAGAGAGAUCUCUGUGCUGACAUCAUGAAAGAGCUUGGACAAAAGAUCUGGGAAAACCGGGACGAUCUGAUUGAUCUUGUCGUCGGGGAAGAAUCAAUCAAAAAGAUGAUGUCAAGUGGGCGGGCCCAGCCCAUCUCGGAAAUCCUUGAGAUGCUCACGCCUGACCAGAAGGAGGAACUCUAUUAUGACAUCACAGUAGAUCUUGGGGCACUGACCUGGAACAACAAGGACCAUUUGAUUCUUCUUGUCAUUGAGAACCGUCGACUCCAAAAGAAAGUCAUCCGUACCAUCACAAAUUUUGCCAAAAAGACAAUCUAAGUAGAACGGAUUUUGGAUUUUCUUGCAAAGCAGGUGCAAAUAUGCUCCUUGUG